AUGAGACUUGCAAAAGAGGAGUUUACUGCAGGAACAGGGAACGUUCGCACACUACACCAAGAGGGCAAAGUGAACCAACUGACAUACGAACUUGAUAGGUACCAGUGGAAUGUAUUGGGAAUUGCAGAGAUGAGAUGGCUGGACUCAGUAAUGGAGUGCGAACCAAUCUCAAGUCAGGUAAUUCGAAUUCGAAUGAAUGCACACCCCAGAAAUGUGUCGAUUGUGCAGGUGUAUGACCCCACGUCUGAUUGCAGUGAUGAGGAAGUCGACGAGGUCUAUGAUGUCCUGAAGAGUACAAUGGAUAAGAUACCCGAGAAAUAUAUUAGGAUCAUACAAGGUGACUGGAAUGCAAAGAUCGGCACUGAUGCAUACAAAGACUGGGAGGGAACCAUCGGAAAAUUUGGAGUAGGAGAGACGAAUGAACGCGGGACCAGGUUACUUGAAUUCUGCAAAAUAAACAACCCGGUAAUAACAAACACCUUUGGUGCAGACACUGGUAGUGACCACAACUUGCUGAUGAUGACCAUGAAACUAAAACUAAGGAAAGUACGAAGACAACCAAAUUGCAGAUUAAAAUAUAAUCUGGAGCGUCUGAGGGAUGCAGAUUGCCAGGAGAAAUUUGAAAUAAAGAUUGGCUGUAGGUUUGGAGCACUGUUAGAACUAGAAGAGAAUGAUGAUGUGCAACACCUAACAUCCGAAUUCUCUAAAAUUAUGAACGAGACAGCAAUGGAAGUUCUGGGUAAGGCAAGAACAAAGAAGCAACCUUGGAUGACACAAGAUAUCUUGGAUGCAUGUGACAGGAGAACUAAAGGAUUUGAAGGAAAUAACAGCAAAAAGGCUUUUGACACAGUAAAACAACUGGGCAGAAAGAAAAAUAUAGGACAGUCAGUAAUAGAAGACAAAAAUGGCAAUCUCUUAACAGAAAAAAAAGAAAAAUCCAGGAAAGUUGGCCCAGUAUGUGAAGGAGUUAUACAAUUACCCAAUUCAGACUUGUCCUAA